AUGUCGAAGUUUUGCCCUGCACAGCGCCUUCUCGGCCUUUCGACUAGCAGCAUCUGGGAGGAGAUGACACCACUAGCCAACAAGUACAAGGCAGUGAACCUCGGUCAGGGGUUCCCUAAAUUUGCUCCUCCACGGUUCCUUCAGGAAGAACUGAAAAAGAUUCUCGAAUGUAGCGAUGAGGCACCUCUUGCCCACCAGUACUGCUCUCCCCGCGGUGAUGCAGAGCUUAUAACGCAGCUGUGCAAAAGUUACUCGAAGCUUUUCUCCCAGGAUGUUCAGCCCUCAAAUGUAGUUGUGACGAAUGGUGUCACACAGGCUCUCAACGCCAUAUUUCAGGCUUUUAUCAAUCAUGGCGAUGAGGUUGUUCUCGUCGAGCCGUUCUACGAUGCCUACUACCAGGACAUCUUUAUCACUGAUGGUGUGACUAGGUACGUCUCUCUCCAACCCUCCAGCGAAUCGGCUGAUAGCUGGAAGCUGACUCGCGAGGCUCUUCUCGAAGUUGUUAACGAUAAGACCAAGUUCAUUCUCAUUAACACGCCUCAGAAUGUUCCCGGUAAGGUCUGGGAUGUUGAGGAGCUUCAAAUGAUCGCAGAUGUGGCAAAGCAGUUUGACGUUGUCGUGAUCUCAGAUGAGGUAUAUAUGUAUCUCACCUACGGAAAGCCACACAUUUCCAUAGCGUUAUUGCCAGGUAUGUGGGAGCGCACUAUUACACUUUGCAGCGCUGGAAAAACGUUUUCGUGCACCGGAUGGAAGAUUGGCUGGGCUGUGAGCUGCGCUAGGCUGACAGCGCCGAUUGCGCAAAUUGUCUCCUACCAGACAUUCUGCUGCUCGACACCAUUUCAGAUCGCUCUCGCUAGAGCUAUGGCAAAAGCUGAGGAAAACGGUUUCUAUGAUAUCCUGCGCGACAAGUACGCAGCGCGCGUGAACCAGCUGUCAAACAUCCUUACCGCCAGUGGUUUGUGCCCAGUUAACCCAAAUGGUGGUUUUUUUGUUCUCGCUGAUAUCAAAAAAGUGGAUCCGAAGCAUUAUUACGAUGCUUCGAACAAGUCACAGGCAAAGGACUGGCAAUUCUGUCUCUGGCUUACUAAGAGAAUUGGCGUGUGCGCCAUUCCUGUGACAGCUUUCUGCAGUGAGAAGAGCAAGCCACUCUACGAGAGUUAUGUACGCUUUGCCUGCUGCAAGCCACAGUGUGAGCUGAGUACUGCCAGUGAGAGACUCCAAAAGUUGCACGAAUAUCUUCUCUGA